AUGCUUGAGGUGAUCUGGAGGAUCAUUCCAAAAAAUGCGACUUGUGCACAGAGUGUAAAGCAGCUAUGGGAAAGAAGCACUUUUCUUAUUUUCUUUUAUUUCAAAGACUGCACUUAUGCACGAUUCAACAUCUGCUCUGAUGGUGAAGUCAAAUCACUUGUUCCAGAAGCGCCAUGGGUAAAAACAGAGUUCCCCUUCGUUCCUGUGAAAAAGAAUACUAACAAGAAUAUUUCGUGUUCGUACGACGGUACACCAUCUCCGCAAGCUGAGUGGUUCUUCAACGGGUACAAAAUCAACUUCUCUGAGGAACGUUUUCGUAACACUGCACAGUAUGCUCAACGAAGUGCCAACCAUACCAAUGCUAUUCUAUCCAUAGUCGGAAUAAAUGAAGAUUUAUUCGGUGAUUACAUGUGCCGAAUAUCGAACAACUUGGGCUCAGCAUUUGCUGUGAUUCACGUCAGCGGUCGUCCUGGACCACCAACGGUCACAGCUGAUGGUUCCGAUUUGACUUGGUCGGUACGAGCGUACGAACCGGUAAUUGAAUACCGAAUCUACUACAGGCCCGAGAACGCAGACGAAUGGAACAAGUAUGAGAGUAUUCGAGCCGCAAAGGGUGACAACAACGGCGAUGACAUAUGGCAACACAGCGUGUCGUUAUUGCCGUAUCUUCAAGCUGGAGUACGGUACGAAGUCACUGUAAAAGCAAGAAAUGCUCUGGGAUGGGGAUCGUUUGCGCGGGAAAAUCUGCUCAUUGAAAUUCCGGCUGAUACAGUUGAGGUGCGGAACGACGUUGAGUGGUUAGAGAUCUAA